CCACAACCCUCUUCUGCACCUCUUGACCCUCCACCUCUUGAUACUGGCCCUCCUCCUGAUCUAUCUAUUCCUAGCACUUCUGCAUCUCAGCCUUCACUUCUUUCAGAUACUGAUCCAGUCUCAGCCGAAAGGGGGGGAAGUCACACCUGAUGAUGAAGUGCAGGACAUAGUUGAACUUGAUCCUGAACUUGAGCCACAACAGGUUUAUGAACCACCAGCUAGACCUAAAAGGCAACAUCAUUUACCUAGGAAUAUGAUGAUUGUGAAUUGGAUCCAGAUUUAAAAUUUGGAGCUUUUGGUCACAAUGCAGCAGCUGUAAGAAGGUAUCCUAUCUGUUUGAAUGUGGAUCAUUUAAAUGCACUUGACAGGGUCUAUGCUUUAAGCAUCAUCCAACAGGAUGAGCCACUCACUUAUCAGGAAGCCAUUAAACAUGAGCACUGGAGAAAGUCAAUGAGAGAAGAAUGAGAUUCCCUUGAAGCAAAUCAAACAUGGGAUAUUGUUCCAUUACCAGAAGGGAAGAAGGUAAUAGGAAACAAAUGGGUAUAUAAGAUCAAGCUGAAGCCAGAUGGAAACAUUGAAAGAUUCAAGUCCAGAUUGGUAGCCAAAGGGUAUACCUAGGUCUAUGGAAUUGAUUUCCUGGAACUUUCUCACCUGUUGCUAAGAUUAAUUCAGUUAAAGCCUUACUGGCAAUUGCAGCUGUGAAGAAUUGGACUCUAGAGCAAAUGGAUGUCUCAAAUGCCUUUCUUCAUGGUGACUUAAAUGAAGAGGUCUAUAUGCAAUUACCACCUGACUUGGAUUUGGAACAGCAUGGCUCACAGAGGAUGGUCUGCAGACUGAAGAAAUCUUUGUAUGGGUUGAAGCAAGCCUCUAGACAAUGGUUUGCUAAGUUGAGCAGCUUUCUGUUGAAAAAUGGCUUCAGCCAAUCUGCUUCAGACUAUUCAUUGUUCACCAAGUGGGUUCGUGGCAGGAUUGUGGUAUUGCUCAUAUAUGUGGAUGAUAUCAUAAUAGGAGGAGAUGUUGUGAAGGAUAUAUAACAGGUUAAGAAGGCCUUGAGCCAGGAGUUUGAGAUGAAAUUGCUUGGUCCUCUCAAGUACUUCUUGGGUCUGGAAAUUAACAGAACAACAGAUGGGAUAAAUGUUUGUCAAAGGAAAUACUGUCUUGAGUUGCUAAAAGAGACAAGAUACUUGGAAUCUAAAGGAUGUCAAACACCAAUUGAUCCUAAGGUAAAGCUGUCUGUAACUCAAGGAACACCACUACCAGAUGAUGAGCAGUAUAGAAGGUUAGUGGGUAGACUUCAUUAUAUCACCAUCACCAGACCAGACCUGGCCUUUGCAGUGCAGCAACUUUGUUAGUUUCAAAAGAAACCACAUGAGGAACAUCUCCAAGCAGCCUAUAGAGUCCUGAGAUACUUGAAGAAUGGACCAGGGCAUUUACUUCGACAGUGGAGCAGAAAUGAAGCUGACAGGGUUUUGUGACUCAGACUGGGCAAGUUGCCCAAAUACAAGAAGGUCAACUACUGGCUACUGUACCUUCAGAGGGAUAUCGUUGCUUACCUGGAAGACUAAGAAACAGACCACUGUUUCCCGGUCAUCGUAAGAGGCUGAAUACAGGGCCUUGGCAAUGGCAGUUUGUGAAGUUCAGUGGCUAAAGGGACUUUUGGAAAAAUUGAGUGUGAAAAUUCCAUAGCCCAUCACUAUCUACUGUGAUAACAGGUCAGCUAUACACAUAGCAGAAAACCCUGUGUUUCACAAGAGGACCAAGCACAUAGAAAUCGAUAUUCAUGUGACAAGGGAAAGAAUCAAAAGUGGUUUGAUUAAGUUACAGCAUGUGAACACAAUCAACCAGUUGGCAGAUAUCUUUACCAAAGGUCUGGAUCAGGUACGAUUGAAGGAUUUGUUGAUCAAGUUGGGAGUUGUUCUUCCCUCCACAACUUGAAGGGGGUGACAGAAAUGUAAUCCGAGGCUGAUCAGGAUUGCAGAGGAAAAAGAAGAUUCGAACAGAGUCCAAAGGAGGAGAAAUGUUUAUGUUCUGGAGACGUUUCCUAGAAUAGGCUGUAAGCUCUUGAGGUGCUGCGACACCGUUUUAUUUAGAGUCAUUAGCCGUUAAGUACUGUUUAACUUUUUAAACAUAGCCAACGUGAGUGAGACACGUGGCAGUCAUCUGUAAUCCUAAUUGCAGAGAAUCAAUACAAAGGACAGAGCAGCAAGAUAGCUGCCUGUACAUUUCUCGCACAUCUCAAUCUAAACCUAGAAACUUCUCAGACCGCUUCACCUUCACCAGGACGUAAGGAAAGCUGGGAUUGAGUUUUGAAAUGAGUCUCUGCACAUAUGAGUUUCCCCGACACAUCUUCCAUCAUCAAACCAUCUUGAUUUAACAGACUGGAAUAGACAGCCUCAAACUCAGGCCUAAGGGUCAUCAAGAAAGACAUAAUACGAGUCUACUGUCGUUCCUCCGUCAUGCGAAAAGCUGCAGUGAGCAAAUCCUGCUCAGUCCACAGCUCUUGCGCCUUGUUAAGUAACUCGCGACAUCAAGGUCGCCUUGCUAACGACGAGCUAACUUGAACUGAAUAUCCGAUUUUCGAGCAGCGUUACGUUGUUUGCAGAAUAAGUAGACACCAGAUGUGCCCACAUGGCUUGAGCAUCAGGGAGAAGACGAAGCCUAAGCACAAUGGUCGGCUCAACCAACCCUAAGAUCCUCGAUUUCAGUCGGGCAUUGUUCUGAUUCCAAGGAGCAAUGUACUACUCUGAAGUUGCAGGCGUUACCGGUCUCGUUGUCGUACCAUCAAGGAUUCCAAAAAGGCCACGAUCUUCAACAAAAAAACGAAAUUGAAACUCCCAUAAUGGGUAGUUCUUGGAGUUGGGACGAACGACAAGGCAAGACGAUCCUAAUCAGCUGACAAAAGCUCUGUACCAUAUUAACAAAUCGAGCUAGCACAAAUAAUGAUAGAAAGAAUAAAACACAAGACACACG